AUGGUCAAAGAUAUUAAGGUUAUGGUAGUAGGAGAUAUGAGUGUUGGUAAGACAUGUCUUUUGAUCUCAUACACCACCAACUCUUUUCCAGGUGAAUAUGUCCCAACUGUAUUCGAUAAUUAUAAUGCAAAUGCUAUUGUAAAUAAUACACCUGUUAAUUUAGGACUUUGGGAUACUGCAGGUUCUGAAGAAUACAAUAGUUUUAGACCACUAAGUUAUCCAGGUACAGAUGUUUUUCUUAUAUGUUUUUCAUUGAUAUCACAGAUUAGUUUUGAAAAUGUUUUAAAAAAGUGGUAUGCAGAGAUCACAGCGAGUAUGGAAGUUGUUCCACCAAUUAUUUUGGUUGGAACUAAAUUGGAUUUGCGUUCGAAAACAAAAGUAAAUGGUGAAGAACCAAUCACAGCAGAGAUGGGCGAGCAAAUGAGAGCAGAGAUUGGAGCCUAUAAAUACUGCGAGUGCUCAGCGUUGACUCAAGAUGGUUUAACUAAUGUUUUCGAAGAGGCAGGAAGAGUCGUCUUGUUCCCCCCCUCAAAAGAGGAAUUGGCCGCUCAACAAAAGAAAGGAAAGGAUAUGAAAGAAAAGAAUUGUAUAUUACAAUAA